AUGGCGCCAUGUUGGCGCAGAUGGCCCCACGGGUGCUUGGGCGCCUUUCUUCUGGCCGAGCUCUCCGUGCAUGCGAUAGCCACAGCUUGGAUCCGCAAAGAGGCUGAGAUCGCUGCACAUGGCCUCUUCCAGCUCUCUGACGCCAGUGAGCAUGUGCAGGGCUACCAGAGCUGGAGCGACUUGGGCGUAGGCUCGAAGUCACGUCCGAGCCUGUCGCAGCCAGACGACCGCACAGUCUGGAAGUUGCUGCAUGCGGGGUCGGAGGACGGCAAGGAGUUCUCCGAGAUCAUGCAGGACGUCCAGAAGUCCGAGCCGACGACGACCACAACCCCAAGCCCUGAAAGCUUCCAGGAUUCCAUUCCCGCGCCGCUCUUGUCAAUGCGCUCACCGACUGCCCCGAGCCGCAUCCGCUCGCACGCCUUCCAUCCCACCAAGGGCGGCAACCUGAACCAUUCGGGAUACUCCCCGUAUGUGGGCGUUCAAGACCUGGCCUUUCCUACUUGGACCUUCGUCCACCCGCAGGUUCAGCCCAAGGGCCUUCGGACGGCCACGAGGAGGGUCUUCCAUGGCUCGCCGUUGAUCGACGCCGAUCUCAACGUGUACAUUCAAAGCACAUCCGGGUGGAUCUUCUCGCUCACGAAGGAUGGGGACCUGCGGUGGUCCUUUGACCUGAACUCCGAGGACCCGCAGAACCCAGGUAACAUGGCCCUCUUGGACGGCACGGCUUUUGUGUGUACGGAAGACGGCAUGGCAUGGGCGAUCGACCUCGUGGAGGGCUCGGAGAGGUGGAGGCAGAAGAUUGCCACCCACUGCUCUACGGAUGCGUUCUCCGUCGUCGCUCGAAAAGGCAGUAUCCUCAUCCCCUGCAACCCGGCCAACGGUGACGACCCGGACAACAUGGAAGGCAGCCAUGGCCUCUGCGCAGUUUCCGAGACGGAUGGCGCCCCCAGGUGGACCUUUAACUUGAACCGCUAUGGCAGCAAGGGCUACAACUUGGCACCAAGCGUCGUCGACGGCAUUGUCUACUUCACAGAUCUGGCCGGCGCAGUGUACGCCAUCUCUGAAGAGGACGGGCAGGAGGUUUGGCACCAUCCGGGCAGCGAGGAGGCCACCUUCUCCACAGCCACGUCCGUAGUUGGCCCUGACAGCCGCCUCUACAACGCCUUCAACGUCGGCGAGAAAGGCGGCUCGGGGACCCAAGGCGUGCUACGCUGCCACGACCUGAAGUUUGGCGAUGUUGUUUGGUCCAAGUCCUUUCCAGAAGGCAUCAAUGCUGCCCCUGCUGUUGGACCGAUGGGGGCCAAGAACCGCACCGCCGUCAUCGUCGGCGUGGGCAACAACCCGGAAUGCCUCCCGGAGCCCGUCAUUGGCCCGACCAAGAGGGCCAAGCUCUUUGCCUUAGAUGCCGAAACGGGGCAAACGCUGUGGACCUUCACGGCUCCCGAGUACUCCCUGUCCUGCGCUGGCAACACUCCAGCGGAAGUCUGCUGCCCAAGCAUGUGGAGCCAGCCGACCCUGGCCGCAGAUGGCCGAGUCUACGUGAACUGGUCAGGAGGCAAAUUCUUCACGCUGCUGGAUGCAAACCUCGACGGCACCAUCGACGCCAACGAUCCCAGGGAGUUCUCCUUCUACCACCACGGGAAGGGCUCCAACAGCCAAACUGCCUUGGCUCCGGGACUUAUGGUGGCCGCCGUCUGCAACAAAGUCCUCGCGUACCAGACCUGA